AUAUUUUUCAAUACACAAAUACUAGACGCAGCAUGGACACCUUGAUGUUAAUGAUCAUAUUUGGAACGGUGGGGACGCUUGCAGCCCAGGAGUUCUGUCCGUCUGGUCAGUACACAAAGAGCGGGGAAUGCUGCUUGCAGUGUCAGCCUGGAGAGGGCGUGGUCAAGAAGUGUGGAGCCACUCAGACCGUCUGUGCCCAAUGCCUGGACAGUGAGACCUACUCAACAGACUACAGCCACACCGAGCCCUGCCGGCCCUGUUCACAGUGCACGGGUCUGCUGCGCAUGGAGACGCCCUGCACUGACACCAACGACGCCGUCUGCGUCUGCGACUACGGCUACUACCUGAGCGAGCUGUCGGCCCGCUGCGAGCCGUGCACCGAGUGCCCGCGGGGCCAGGGCGUGCUGGCGGGCUGCGCGCACAACCGCGACACCGUCUGUGAGGAGUGCGGGUACUUCACCUACUCCGACCGGGAGAGCUCGCUGGACCCCUGCCUGCCCUGCAUGGUCUGUGAAGAGGAGGAGGUGGAGAUACAAGCCUGCACCCCGACCAGUGACACCAUCUGCCACGAUCCGUCCCUUCCUACAUCCUCCCCUUCCCCCUCCCUGGGUCCCUCCCCGUUCUCUUUCACGGAAGGCUUCCGGCCUGAGUCCACCCACAGCCCCGCCCCCACCGACGGUGGCACGACGGCCAGCUCCACCAGGGUCCUCACGCACGGCUUCAAUGAGAACCUCAUCCCCAUCUACUGCUCCAUCCUGGCAGCUGUGGUGGUGGGCCUGGUUGCCUACAUUAUCUUCAAGAGGUGGAACAGUUGCAAGCAAAACAAGCAGGGUGCCAACAACCGCACGGUGAAUCAGACGCCUUCACCUGAGGGGGAGAAACUGCACAGUGACAGCGGCAUCUCUGUGGACAGCCAAAGCCUCCAGGAGCAGCAGCAGCAGCAGCAGCAGCAGCAAAGCCAGGCACAGGCACAGACAGUGGUCAGGGUGGAUGGGCCCAGCCUGACUCUCCCACUCCAUAAGUGCGAGGAGGUGGAGAGGCUCCUGAGUGCCGGCGGCGGAGAUGAGGAGGAGGGGACAAACUGGUGCAGCCUGGCCGGGCUGCUGGGCUACGAGGAGGAGCACAUCGCCUCCUUCCGCCAGGAGGACCACCCCGUGCGGGCGCUGCUCUCUGACUGGGCCAGCAAAGACUGCGCCAGCGUGGACGCGCUCUGCGUGGCCCUGCGCAAGAUCAACAGAGACGACAUUGCCCGGAGCCUGACCUCUCACCCCCACGCCGACCCCACGGCCACCUCAGCGGUGUGA